AUGAAGCGUCCCUCUGAGCGCUCAGAGCCUGCAGGACGCCCUGAGGACAGAGAGACAGUUUAUCAUGUCCAGGGAAGUAAUCAGGUCCAACGAGCUCCCAGAGCGUUAUACUGUCUAAAACUCAACAAUCCAAUCAGACGAGCCGCUCUCUCCAUCGUCGAGUGGAAACCCUUUGAUAUCUUCAUCCUGUUAGCCAUCUUUGCCAACUGUGUGGCUCUGGGAGUUUCCAAACCGUUUCCUGAGGACGACUCCAACUCCACCAACCACGACCUGGAACAAGUGGAGUACGUCUUCCUCAUCAUCUUCACCGUAGAGACCUUCCUGAAGAUCCUGGCCUACGGUCUGGUGAUGCACCCCAGCUCCUACAUACGCAACGGCUGGAACCUGCUCGACUUCGUCAUCGUCAUCGUCGGGUUGUUCAGCGUCGUCUUGGAGACAAUGACUCAUAAAUCUGGUGAGGUGGCGACGUCUCAUCACGUGCCGGGGAAACCUGGAGGUCUGGACGUCAAAGCUCUGAGAGCCUUCAGAGUCCUGAGGCCCCUCAGACUGGUCUCUGGAGUCCCCAGUCUGCAGAUUGUGUUGAACUCCAUCAUGAAGGCGAUGGUUCCUCUGCUCCACAUCGCUCUGCUGGUUCUCUUCGUCAUCAUCAUCUACGCCAUCAUCGGUCUGGAGCUCUUCAUAGGACGCAUGCACAGGACCUGCUACUACAUAGGAACAGAUAAUUACGUUGAGGACGAUCCGGUGCCGUGUGCGUUUGCCGGUCAUGGUCGUCAGUGCAUGGUUAACGGCACUGAGUGUCGGGGGAGGUGGGACGGUCCCAACGGAGGCAUCACCAACUUCGACAACUUCUUCUUCGCCAUGUUGACGGUGUUCCAGUGCAUCACCAUGGAGGGGUGGACCGACGUCCUCUACUGGAUGAACGACGCCAUCGGGUUCGAGCUGCCCUGGGUUUAUUUCGUCAGUCUGGUGAUUUUCGGGUCAUUCUUCGUUCUCAACCUGGUUCUGGGAGUCCUCAGCGGAGAGUUCAGUAAGGAGAGGGAGAAGGCGAAGGCUCGGGGAGAUUUCCAGAAGCUGAGGGAGAAGCAGCAGAUGGAGGAAGAUCUGUGUGGAUACAUGGACUGGAUCACUCAGGCUGAGGACAUGGACGAACUGGACGAGGACGGAAACCCACGUCCGUCUCUGGGAGAUCUGUCGGAUAAGAAGAGAGGGAAGUUCGGAUGGUUCAGUCACUCCAAUGAAACACACGCGAGUCUUCCUGCCAGUGAAACAGCGUCUGAAAACACUGAAAACAUCGAUGAGGAACACACCAACUGCUGCCAGGCCUGCUGCUCUCGGAUGAUGAAGAUCGGCUGCUGUCGGACACUGCGUCGGUGGAAUCGAGUCUGUCGCAGGAACUGUCGCACUGCCGUCAAAUCGGUGACGUUCUAUUGGCUGGUUCUGCUGCUUGUCUUCCUCAACACCUCCCUCAGUGCCUCCGAGCACUACAACCAACCUGAUUGGCUGACACAAGUGCAAGACAUCGCCAACAAGGUGCUGCUGUCUCUGUUCACGGUGGAGAUGCUGCUGAAGAUGUACAGUUUGGGUCUGGCUCAUUACUUUGUAGCGUUCUUUAACCGCUUCGACUGUUUCGUGGUGUGCGGCGGCAUCAUGGAGACCAUCCUGGUGGAGCUGGAGAUCAUGCCUCCUCUGGGGAUCUCGGUGCUGCGCUGUGUCCGCCUGCUGAGGAUCUUCAAGGUCACACGCCAUUGGACGGCUCUGUCCAAUCUGGUGGCGUCCCUGCUGAACUCCAUGAAGUCCAUCGCCUCCCUGCUGCUGCUGCUCUUCCUCUUCCUCAUCAUCUUCGCUCUGCUCGGCAUGCAGCUGUUUGGAGGGAAGUUCAACUUUGACGAGACGCAGACCAAACGCAGCACCUUCGACGCCUUCCCGCAGGCGCUGCUCACCUGCUUCCAGAUUCUGACCGGUGAGGACUGGAACGUGGUCAUGUAUGAUGGCAUCAUGGCGUACGGAGGGCCGGUGUUUCCAGGGAUGAUCGUCUGCGUUUACUUUGUCAUCCUCUUCAUCUGUGGUAACUACAUCCUGCUGAACGUCUUCUUGGCCAUCGCCGUGGACAACCUGGCAGGAGGAGACGGAGACGACAAGAAGAAAGAGAAGAAGACGGAGGGAGCGGAGGAGGGGGAGGCUGGAGUAGAAGAAGGAGAAGAAGAGGAAGCGAAGGUGGACAUCGAUGAAGACACCGAGUACGAGGAGGAGGAGGAGCUUCCUGAAGGAGAAGACGAUGGAGGAGUCCAGUUGAAGAUGGCCGACCUGGCUCCUCCUAAAGAGAAGGUUCUUCCAAUCCCAGAAGGCAGUGCGUUUUUCUGCCUCAGCAAAACAAACCCCAUCCGUGUGGCCUGUCACACUCUGAUCCACCACCACAUCUUCACCAACCUCAUCCUCGUCUUCAUCAUCCUCAGCAGCUGCUCAUUGGCUGCCGAGGAUCCAAUCAGAGCGCACUCCUUCAGGAACAACAUUCUGGGUUAUGCAGACUACGCCUUCACCUCCAUCUUCACCGUGGAGAUUCUGUUAAAGAUGACGGUCCACGGAGCGUUCCUCCAUCAGGGCUCCUUCUGCAGGAACUGGUUCAACCUGCUGGAUCUGCUGGUCGUCAGCGUGUCUCUGGUCUCCUUCUUCCUGCACUCCAGUGCCAUCUCUGUAGUGAAGAUCCUCCGAGUCCUGCGAGUGCUCCGACCUCUGAGAGCCAUCAACAGAGCCAAAGGACUGAAGCAUGUGGUGCAGUGUGUGUUUGUGGCAAUCAGGACGAUCGGGAACAUCAUGAUCGUCACGACGCUGCUUCAGUUCAUGUUCGCCUGCAUCGGAGUCCAACUCUUCAAGGGUAAAUUUUAUCGCUGCACAGACGAAGCCAAACACACUCCUGAACAGUGCAAAGGGACCUUCGUGGUGUAUAAAGACGGAGACGUGAACCUGCCGAUGGUCAGAGAGAGGAUCUGGCAGAACAGUGACUUUAACUUUGAUAACGUGUUGAUGGGGAUGAUGGCGCUCUUCACCGUCUCCACCUUCGAGGGCUGGCCCGCGCUGCUGUAUAAAGCCAUCGAUGCUAACGGGGAGAACUCUGGUCCCAUCUACAACUACCGGGUGGAGAUCUCCAUCUUCUUCAUCGUCUACAUCAUCAUCAUCGCCUUCUUCAUGAUGAACAUCUUCGUGGGUUUUGUCAUCAUCACGUUCAGAGAGCAGGGAGAGCAGGAGUACAAGAACUGUGAGCUGGACAAGAACCAGCGUCAGUGUGUGGAGUACGCUCUGAAGGCUCAGCCACUGAAACUUUACAUCCCAAAGAACCCGGUUCAGUAUAAGUUCUGGUCCAUCAUCAACUCCACAGGAUUCGAGUACGUCAUGUUCGUCCUCAUCCUGCUCAACACUGUUACACUGGCUGUCCAGCACUACGAACAGUCUAAAACCUUCAGCCACAUCAUGGACAUCCUCAACAUGGUGUUCACCGGACUCUUCACGGUGGAGAUGCUGCUGAAGCUGCUCGCUCUCAGACUCAGGCAUUACUUUGUGGACGCCUGGAACUCGUUUGACGCUCUGAUCGUGGUCGGCAGCGUCGUUGACAUCGUGGUCACUGAGUUCAGCAGUGGGGAGGACAGCUCUCGGGUGUCGAUCACCUUCUUCCGUCUCUUUCGAGUGAUGCGAUUGGUCAAGUUGCUGAGUAAAGGAGAGGGGAUUCGGACGCUGCUGUGGACAUUCAUCAAGUCGCUGCAGGCUCUGCCGUAUGUCGCUCUGCUCAUCGCCAUGAUCUUCUUCAUCUACGCCGUCAUCGGGAUGCAGACCUUUGGGAAGGUAGCGAUGCAGGAUCACACUCAGAUCAACAGAAACAACAACUUCCAGACGUUUCCUCAGGCUGUUCUCCUUCUCUUCAGGUGUGCCACAGGUGAGGCGUGGCAGGAGAUCAUGUUGGCCAGUCUCCCAGGUAAACGCUGUGACCCCGAGUCAGACUAUGAACCAGGAGAAGAGUUCAGCUGCGGCAGCAACUUCGCCAUCGUUUAUUUCAUCAGCUUCUUCAUGCUGUGUGCUUUCCUGAUCAUUAACCUGUUCGUCGCCGUCAUCAUGGACAACUUUGACUAUCUGACACGUGAUUGGUCGAUUCUGGGACCGCAUCAUCUGGACGAAUUUAAGAGGAUCUGGUCUGAAUACGAUCCAGAGGCCAAGGGUCGUAUAAAGCACCUGGACGUCGUGGCUCUGCUCAGGAGGAUUCAGCCUCCUCUGGGUUUUGGGAAACUGUGUCCUCACAGAGUGGCCUGUAAGCGCCUCGUAGCGAUGAACAUGCCUCUGAACAGUGACGGGAUGGUGACCUUUAACGCCACGCUCUUCGCUCUGGUUCGCACCGCCCUCAAGAUCAAGACUGAAGGUAACCCCGACCAGGAGAACGAGGAGCUGAGGGGGAUCAUCAAGAAGAUCUGGAAGAGGAUGAAACCUAAACUCCUGGAUGAAGUGAUACCACCACAUGAAGAGGAGGAAGUGACAGUCGGGAAGUUUUAUGCGACCUUCCUGAUUCAGGAUUACUUCAGGAAGUUCAGGAAGAGGAAAGAGAAAGGAAAUCUGACGGGAGAGCCAGACGCUACCAACCCGUCUGCUGUCCAGUUGUGUAAAGCCGGUCUGAAGACUCUGCAGGAUCUCGGUCCAGAGAUGCGUCUGGCUCUGAACGAGGACCUGGAGGAAGAGGAUGAGGCCAUGAUGGAGGAUGAAGAGAUGGAGGAGGACGCUGCGUAUGAGGGUGAAAAUGGCUUCGGACCGGAGAAGGAUCGCCGAGGCUCCAUACUGACCACGCCCACUGGUCCUGGCGGUGUGGUGGGCGAUGGAGGCGUGUCUAAUGGAGGUCUGGUUCACCGGGUUGGCUCUCUCACCAAGAUGCCAAAUGGCAGCGAACGUGAUGAACAUAUUCGCCGUGGAGACAACAUGAGGUCAUCCAUCAAUCAUCACCAUCAGCGCCGCCCAUCAGUGAGGAACGGCCUUCUGGACCACAAGAGACCGUCGUACCACAAAUACGCAAGGAGGGACUCGAGGGACAGGUACUGGAGGAACGGAGACAUGGAGGCGUACGGAGAGCAGGGUUACUACAGCAGAGAGGAGGACAACGACAGCAUCACCUCCAGAGACAGACAUUACCCUGAAGAGCCUCCUCUGUACAGAGACCACUACGAUGGCCACGCCCCCUACACCAACAGUAGCUAUGGUAACGGAUACAACGAGGGCAGGAGGACCACCAGGAGACGCCUUCUUCCUGCCACGCCCACAGGUCGGAAGCCAUCAUUCAACAUCCAGUGUCUGAGGAGGCAGGGCAGCAGUGACGACCUGCCCAUCCCUGGGACGUACCACCCCACCUCCCCUCCACGCCGCACACGCACACAGACCUUCAGCAGUUACGAGUCUCGUCACUCCUCCGGUCGCUCCUCAGCAGCCUCCUCGGCGUCCUGGGCAAACCCGUGUCCGCGGCGUGGUCGCCUCCUCUACGCUCCACUCAUCCUGGUGGAGGAGGAAGGCAGCCCAACUUGGGGGGGAGGAGGAGGAGGAGGAGGAGGAGGAGGAGGCGGAGGAGAGGUGAAGAAGGGAGGAGCAGGAAGAGGUGUCAGUGUGACAGGUGCAGCACCCAGACCGGCCUGGUACGGAGGCCCUGCAGGGACAUCAGCUCCUCCUCCGUACAGAGCGUACACCACCCUCAGAGUCCCCUCGCAGCUCGGCGCUCAGCUCACAGAGAAACGAGGCUCAGCCGACAGUCUGGUGGAGGCGGUUCUGAUCUCCGAGGGUCUCGGUCUGUACGCCCGGGAUCCGAAGUUCGUGGCGUUUGCAAAGCGGGAGAUAGCAGAUGCCUGUCACAUGACGGUGGACGAGAUGGAGUCUGCUGCCAGCGACCUGCUCGGCACCGGGAGCCACAGUUUCCUUAGCAGCGUUGCCGCUGACCCCGCCGUGCUCUACAGUGAUGAGGAGCCAAUCAGGACAGGCCGUGACGAGGACGAGCUGGCCGACGAAAUGACCUGUGUGACAUCAUUUUGAUGGCCUCUGGACCAAUGACAGAUGAGACUGAGAUUAGCAUCAGUGAUUGACAAGACAUUUGACCAAUCAGGUGAUAAGACAGAGAGGAGGGCGGGGUUUAAUCAGAGUAAUACUGACUGACGAGAUUUGUGGAAAAGCGAUGGAAGAUGGCGGUCAGCAGAGUGUGACUCAGCGCUGUCAAGUCGUCAUUGUGACGUGUAUCGUCAGCGUGUUGCUGUGGUGAAGCUGCACAGAAUCACACUUUACCCACAAUGCACUGCUGCUAGUUUUACAGGUUGUGUUGUUUUAUAAGAAGGUAAACACAGUUACAGCUAACCAGCUAAAGGUUAGCACUGUGCUGCAGCCAGUUAGCUUAAAGAGGGAAUAGCUACACCCACGCCAACAAAGUAUCGACCACCAGCAGCUGUGCGGCGUUGGCACUGGUGACGUCAUUAAGAGCUAGAGUCUGUGCAGUAGCGAUCCCUGCUGUGUCGAGUUCCUGCCUGUACACUUGUCUGACCCAAUCACAAGCAGCGCGAUUGGUGGAGGAGCACACUGAUUGGCUCACACAGCUGUCAAUCAUGACAUCAAAUUUAUAUAGCAUCAAAUAACUAAUUAAACCAAACUUAUCAGAAAACAGAAACUUGAACAAACAGCAGCGUGAUUAAAAACGACCUAAAAUAACAGUUUGGCCCAUGACCCAUCUGCUAACAUAGAGGGGGCGGGGUUUAUGACCUAUACUGCAGCCAUCAGGUGUGAUCCAGAUGUUUUGGCUUCACUUUUGGGGAGCUGUCACGUCGUUCAUCUUUAUACACAGUCUGUGGCAGGGACCAAACACUGCUGGCUAAACAGGAAUGAAUCCUACAACCCGGAAAUCAGUUAGCAUUCAGUGUGCUUUAGGUUAGAUGUCUGAAAUAAGGUUUGUUUUUGACACGAGCUGAAGAGACUUUCACGUUUUGUUCUACAACAUAAAAUACAUCAGUAAAUUCCCCACUGUGAAUCUAGAAGCUUUUAUAAGUCUUAAAAAAGACGGUUGCUAACAAGUGGCUCAGUGAGACUACAGAACAUCGUCACGCCGAACACAGCAUUACAGCCUUGUGGUGGUGACGCUGAAGUUGUGACAGUGGUGUAGUUUGUAGCAACAACACUUUUUACCUUCAGCGACUGCAUUUAUGCUUCAAAAAUCAUGAAAGUGGUGUUCAUGUGUGAAGAUUAUCUUUCUGAACAAAACCUGUAAAUAUCACAAACAUUUCUUUGUCACAGAGUUUAUUUUCUGCAAUAAUCCAAUGGAAAACUACCACCGGCCUAUUGACGGGGGAACCAGGACGACGCUAACCUCAGGGUCGGCUCACAGGAAAAUGUCCUCCCAGCAGGGUUCUGUACAGAGGGACCCAUAUAAAAUGCUUAUGUUGUGAUGUUUUAAAGGUCUACAGCACUUUGCAACAAGCUAGCCAAACAUUAGUCUCGCCACCAGACAAUCAGAGAUCUCCGCCUUCUGAUAGUCUGGGGACACUCCUUUCUAAAGUGUGUUUAACACACCGGAGAAAACGGCCGGCAACAAAGCAACGCCUCUUGCAUUUUUGAAAAGGACACGCCCUCCCAGAAAUGUGCGCUCCCCCUUUUCUCGUCCGCAAGGAAACAAACACACAGAGAGCUUGAAAAUGGAUGCCGAGAGAUUUAACUCCAUUUUAUCAAACGUGUGCUCAGUCCACAAGAUUGUGGAAAUGAAGGACUCACAGCAACUUUGUUUAAAACUUUUAACGCAGUCGGACUAUGUUUACGAGCACAAGAGUUCAGCGAGCCACCGAAGGACCGCCCUGCGGAUUUACUAUUGGUUCUGCAACGUAGGGAGUUUUUUUAAACUCUGAAAUUGUAUCCGCCCAUCUAAACACAAAAUCAGGGAGAAAGACAUCAGUCUUUAGUUAAGCAAAGCAUCUAAAAACUGACUUGUGAGUCUAGCCAAACUUUAGCCACUCACACAGCAGUGUUAGCUUGUGUAGCAGCAUUUAUCCAAUCCCAGAGAAAGCGUGCCGGGCUUUGAAGCCAGUGUUCCCAGUGGCCAAACAGUGGUACUGCAACUUCCAGGGUCCAAGACUUUUUACCAUCAACAUACAAGAGUCUUAUGUAAAUCAGUGGAUGAAUUUUUUUGAGAGGCAUACAGCCCUCAAAAUGACUCGUUUCACCAUCAAGAAUUGAUCUAUUCGGUCUGACAUUUAAUUCCCAUUUAAGUUAGUGGAGAGCCACACCAGAGGUCAGCUGUUCAGCCAGGGGAGGUAUGACACUCUGCCACACUUGGUCACGCUCAGUUGCACUCGGCCGUGACCCUGAAGGGCCGUACUGUACACAUGCUGCAUUUUUUGCGUCCUUAAAUUCAUUGUUUUCAAUGUAGUUGUACAGCAGGCACGCUCAAACACCAGAGCGACACUGUCGAGGGACACAUGCAUUUACAAGUGCCCUGAAUUCGACUUCUGGAACGCAGCAGUGCGCCCCGCAUGUCAUGUGACAAGAGCCAACCAAUCACAGCUGACAGAUAUCUUUCCUUCUUCAGUAAAUAUCAGUGUGUGAUAAAUACGGAGGAGAAGUUGAUCAUGUUAGUGCAGAGCUGUCAGAGCGUCACAUCUGUCCCACAGACACACAGGAAGUAGAUCAACUCUGCUCUCAGGGUUGAUAUGGUUGCUUAGCAACCUCAGAUGCAAACUGCAACUGCGCACUUGAAAGUUGGCACAAAAAAGGCACAAGAGCAGCACCCAGUGCCUGACCUUGUGUUUUCCAGGCGGUUAAAGAUGCAGCAUGUGUACAGGCCUUAUGUCUCUAGUGCGCCUGCGCUCUGGGCCACACAGUGUCUAUCAGCCCCGGGUCAUCUGGGUAAUGUUAUAUGCUGCAACUAAAACAUUUUGGCUUCAUGUGCCACUGAGAAACUUUAAUGGGAAUGACCACAGCCCCGUGUUUAACGCUGUAUCCUGUUCCCCUGAUAGAUCCGUGCUCUGAUGUCAGUUUUGACCAAACGGUUGAAUUAAAACCUCCUGGUUCAUCACGUGAUGUCACUGAGCCCAAAAAGACUUUUUUUACAUUGACUUACUUUGAGAGAGAUGUUUGUAAAUCAGUGGAAACAUUUUAGCAUCACAACUAUUGAAAAAGAUUCGAACCAUUCGGUCAGGUAACAUUUUAGUCAAGACAGACAAAUGGACGAAACAAAGGGAAAAAAAUUGAAAAAAAAAAAGUUUUUCUAUUCUGAAGUUUUGAGGAUUUAUAUUUGUAAAACUUUCCUAGAAAAGAGAUUUAAAAAUCUCGUGGGCGGGGCCAGCAGGAGAAACACUACUGCACAUAUUCAGUGGGCCGCAUACUGUGGAGGUAAACCAGGAAGCUAGAAACUCUAUUGUGUAUGCAGCAUGUGAGCAGCUCCACUGGAAUGAAUAGGCGCCAUCUUGGCAUCUGCAAUCUAGUUAUUAUCUAAAUCUAUGCCUCAACUGGAUCCUUUGAGUAACACGCUCCUCCAACCAUGAGCAGGCAUCCCCCCACUGAAAUUUGCAUGAACAUAGCCAGCCAAUCAGGACGUGCCUACCCAGAGCCCAGAGUUUAUACAGGAGCUGUAUGAUCUAUCUAUCUACCUAUCCUAAACCCUCUUCAGUGAGCGGCGUGGGAGCGACAGGAUCCCUGGAUAGAGGGCUCUGCCUGUGCUGACAGAACUAGGCGAGCAGCUCCAUUGGAGUGAAAGACGCCAUCUUGUAGUCCAGUAUCUCGUUAUUAUUAAAAUCUGUGGUUUCCUGAUGAACAGUAAUCUUUGACCACAAGAAAAAAGCUUUGGAAAGAGUUUAGAAACAAGUUCACAGAGUCGACUGACGUUAAACUCCACAAGGAAAAUACAACAAUAAGUAACAUGUUUCUGCUGUGAAAUCAGGAUGAAAGUCAACGGUUAAUUCUGUUUCCUGUUUGAUGGCAGCCUGAGAGGCGUUCAGUGUGAUUCUGUCCUUCUCAUGUUUGUGUUCUAAAGGUUUUCUAUAUCAGGAUCUCUGAUGUAUUUUAAUGCUGAUGUUCUUCCUGCUCUGCCGCUCGCAGUGCAGCGUGGAGGAUUAUAGUUCUCAUAUUUUAAUAACGUGUAUUUUUAUUCUCAUAAAUGAAGGCAUUCAGACUUUAGUUGUUUUUUUAUUGGACGGGAGAACCUGAGUGUGUGUUCAGUGUGUUUUCUUUUUUAAAUGUUUGAUGAUAUUUUUUAUUCUGACAGAGAGAACUGGAUUUCUUUUGGUUUCACACUGGACAGCAGACGCUCCACUGGUGUUUAUGUCUUGUCUGAAUUUUUGUGUUUCCGUCAUCUUUGAGUUUUUCUCUCCGACAGUUUCCCAGCAGUUAAGGGCUUUCAACUCCACGCCUGGACUCCCCCGAAAAUCCUCCUCAGAUUUUGAGAUCUGCCGCGUUCAGCUGAGACACAGCUCUGCCUGAACCCUCGUUUACCUCAAAUAAAGACUGACGAUA